AUGCUGUUCUUCAAUACCUGGGGUCUCUUGAACACAUUUGGUGUAUAUCAAACAUACUACGAAAGCGGGCAGUUAUGGACCGCCUCCAGUUCCGACAUCUCGUGGAUCGGAUCCAUCCAGGCCUUAAUGGUGCUUCUCGGCGGCUCGCUCUCUGGCCCUCUCUUUGACCGUGGCUACCUCAGAUCGCUCUUGGUUACCGGCACCUUUGGCAUCGUCUUUGGCCAUAUGAUGCUCUCGCUGACCCACAAGUACUGGGAAACGCUGCUGGCCCAAGGCUUUGUCAUCGGUCUUGGUGCCUCAUGUCUGUUCAUCCCCGCCGUCGCCAUCCUCCCCACCUACUUCUCCUCCAAGAUCGGUCUCGCCCUCGGGCUGGCGGCGUCGGGUAGCUCCAUGGGCGGCAUCAUCUAUCCCAUCAUGUUUUAUAAACUCAUCGACCAAGUGGGCUUUGGUUGGAGUGUGCGCAUCCUAGGCUUCACCACCCUGGCCACCUUGCUCCUACCCAUCUUCGUCAUGAAGAUCCGCGUCAGGCCACCAAAGCCAAGGAGCGUCGUCGACUGGACCGCUUUCACGGACUUCCCAUACAUGCUCUUCGUUGCGGGGACCGUCGUCGGCUUUGCCGGACUCUAUGUCGGCCUGUUCUACACCUCGUACUAUGGAGAAGCCACGCGCUACACCGAUACUAGCUUGUCCUUCUAUCUGGUCCCCAUCCUCAACGCUGGCUCCGUCUUUGGCCGGACGUUGCCAAACUGGCUAUCCGACAAGAUUGGCCCUUUCAAUGUCAUUGCUCCAGGCGCGCUAUGCGUCGGCAUCGUCACCCUCUGCUACAACGCAGUCUCCAACGCCGGGGGCCUCGUAGUCCUCGCCCUGCUCUUCGGCUUCUUCUCGGGCAUCUUCAUCGCCAUGCCCCCGGUCCUGUUCGUCGCCCUGACAAAAGACAAGUCCAAAAUUGGCACGCGCAUCGGCAUGGGGUUCGCCAUGCUUGGUAUCGGAGUGCUUGCCGGAGGCCCGGGAGGUGGUGGAAUUCUUGGAUCAAACGAGCACGACUUACAUUUCACCGGGGUCUGGAUCUACGCUGGCGUCACCUUUAUCGCAGCAUCGGCCGUUUUCUUUGCACUGAGAAUCAUGCGAGGAGGGUGGAAGUUGCGAGUGAAGGUGUGA